UGGAUCCAUCCGAUCAUGACCAAAUCGAUUCUGCGUGGGCUCGUCUACUCGUGUUCCACUUCGUGCUCUGCUUGCUCGAACGUUUUCUUGCUUGCAACCAAAUCGAGGAAGAAGAAACCAAAGCUAAAGUAGACCAGUAUCUUCCUCUCAUCUCAGGCCAGAUCGAGAUCGGGACGACGGUCUCACUACCUUUCGUUCUCGAUCUUCCCUUCUCCCGGUGUGGAUCCCGCAGCCGCUCCAGCUAGCGCUGGAUCUUCCCCCUGUCGUAUCCGGACCUCUUGUUUGCUAAUGUUAAUUGUUAUCUGGAGAUUUCAAGACUAGUGCAGUAAGAAGUGUACACAAACAUAAAGUAUGGCACCUACGAGUAAGGCUGAUAGGAAGGCUGCAUUGGAUGCAGCUGCAUGGAUGUUCAAUAUAGUUACAUCUGUCGGAAUUAUCAUGGUCAAUAAGGCCUUGAUGGCAAAAUAUGGCUUCACAUUUGCCACAACAUUGACGGGUCUACAUUUUGCCACAACCACACUUCUUACUCUUGUUUUUAGGUGGCUCGGAUACAUUCAGCCUUCUCACUUACCUUUAUCCAACCUUAUGAAAUUUGUCCUUUUUGGAAACUUAUCUAUUGUUGGAAUGAAUAUCAGUCUGAUGUGGAAUUCAGUCGGUUUUUAUCAGAUUGCAAAGCUGUGCAUGAUUCCAGUAUCAUGUCUUCUAGAAGUUGUGUUUGACAAAAUUCAUUACUCAAGGGCCACAAAGCUUAGCAUACUGGUGGUUCUAUUAGGUGUUGGCAUCUGUACAGUCACCGAUGUCAGUGUCAAUAUGAAAGGGCUUAUAGCUGCUAUCGUAGCAGUUUGGAGCACUGCUUUGCAACAAUACUAUGUUCAUUUUCUUCAAAAGAAAUAUUCACUUGGAUCAUUCAACCUCCUCGGACAUACUGCUCCAUUUCAGGCAGCAUCACUGUUGAUAUUAGGCCCUUUUGUUGAUUAUUGGUUGACAAACAAAAGGGUCGAUGCCUUUGACUACAAUAUAACCUCUGUUUUCUUCAUUGUCCUCUCAUGCACCAUUGCUGUAGGAACCAAUCUCAGUCAGUUCAUCUGCAUAGGACGGUUCACUGCCGUCUCUUUCCAAGUUAUUGGACACAUGAAGACAAUUCUAGUCCUAGUCUUGGGAUUCUUCUUAUUUGGAAGAGAAGGCCUCAAUUUACACGUAAUCUUCGGAAUGAUCUUAGCAGUUUUAGGAAUGAUUUGGUAUGGAAAUGCAUCAUCGAAGCCAGGUGGGAAAGAGCGACGACCUUCUUACACAUCGCCUGCCGAUAAAUCUCAAAAGCUUGCUCUGCUAGCAGAAUCUGGAGAUCACAGUGACAAAGUUUAAUCUUCAAUAUAGCUUGAGCACCACUCCUCAAUCAAUGGAUUCCCCAUUUGUGUCCCUUGUGAUUGCAGUAGAACAGGGAAGAGCUGGUGGUUUCUUUCCCGCCAUACGUUGACAAAUUCAAGAUUGGAUGAGGCACUACAGUGUUUUUACUUGUUUAAAGGUCUUUAUUAAUUUCCAACCAAAAAGAGGGAUCUGCUAUAAUUUAUUGACUGCAGCAUUUCUGAUCGUGAAUUUGAUGAAUGUAUCCUAUUUAGCUACGAACAAUUUUAAGUCUGCUAGAAA